ACAGGAGUAGAUGGACAACCACGUCCUACUUUGAACUCCCUGCCGGGCACCGCCAACCGUUCUUCGGUGGCGACUGCACUGGGACUCGACCUUACUCCCUUGCUGGAUGCCCCUGGUCAAUGACCAAUUUGAGCUUACCGAGCAAGUCUUCGGCAACAUCAACUUCUACAGCCAUCACACGUCUACGCCACUGGCAGUCAGUCAGGUUCGUGAGAGGACGCGACGAGGACGGGAAGGCCACGGUCGCGGGGAAGGUGGUAACUGUGCAGGGGUCUCUGGAGCCGAACUCCACUGGGAAGACGGAGCUCGUGGCGGUGUGUGCUACGGAGCAGGAGCAGGAGCAGGAUCGGGUUAAGACGUUGGGGGAGCAUUUUGGUGGAGAGAGCGGAGAGUACUAGUAUGGGGAAAAGCAACGGAAUCGCGCGGGUUUGCUGUGGAAUUCCACAUCGAGGAGGACGAGGGAAGGACGAAGGGUGCGCUGUGGUUCAGCGUGUGAAGGCACCCCUUUCCAGCGAGCCGUUGUGGCUGAGACAGUCCAAGCACGUUCACCAUCAACCAUC